AUACUAAAGCUUAUUAUUCACCAACUACAGGGAGUCCAGUACAAACGGGCUGAGCGAUUCUUAGGUUACAGAAGCGUGCGCUGAAGCUUUGGGCCCACUGGUGGUCCCUGAACGUCUCAGGGGUUAAAUGUGUGUAUUUGUAAGGCCUCACUGCUCCUGGAGGUGCCAUGGAUCGAACCACAAUCAUAGCAACUGUCCUUGGAUUCUUACUCAUCUGUGUCACCUCUGCCCCAACCAGUGAGAGGCGAGACAUUGACAUCUACAGCUUCCACAUAAACUCCACGGUCACCAGCCGCUACGCCGUCACAGUCAUCACGAGCCAUGUGUCAAACCGACUCCGUGAGUCCAGCGAAGUCCAUUUCCAGGUCAAGAUUCCCAGGAACGCUUUCAUCAGCAAGUUCAGAAUGACCAUGGAGGGGAAGACGUAUGAUGGAGUUGUGAAGGAGAAAGAAGAGGCUCAGCGGCAGUACAGUCAGGCAGUGUCUCGGGGAGAAAGCGCUGGGAUGGUCAGCUCAGUAGGAAGGACUCUGGAGGAGUUUAAGACCUCAGUGGCAGUGGCUGCUUCCAGUAAAGUGACCUUCGAACUGACCUAUGAGGAGCUGCUAAUUCGACGCCUUGGCAAAUAUCAGCUACUCAUCAACGCCCAACCGAUGCAGCCUGUAGCAGAUUUCAAGGUUGACGUGUACAUUAAUGAGGGUCCAGACCUUUCCUUCCUACAAGUGAAAGGAGGGCUGUACACCCAAGAGCUGACCGAUGCUCUAACCACUACACGGUCUGGUAAUAAGGCAUGGCUGGACUUUCACCCCACUGAAGAGCAGCAGACCAAGUGUAAAGGCUGUGCAGAAAGUGGCCUGAAUGGAGACCUGAUCAUAACCUAUGAUGUAGAGAGACUAAACCCCAGUGGAGAACUGCAGACAUCAAACGGAUAUUUUGUCCACUACUUCUCACCGACGGAUGUGCAGCGAACCCCUAAAAACGUGGUCUUUAUCAUCAGCCGAGGGGACGCCAUGCAAGGCAGGAAAAUGAAGCAGACCCGUAUGGCGAUGUGUAACAUGUUGGAAGAUCUUGCUAUUGACGACAACUUUGGGUUGAUCACCUUCGACAGUAAUGUAAAAGUCUGGAAACCUAAACUCCUCAAAGCCACAGAGAAGAACCUGGAGCAGGCGAAGACUUUUGUAAAGAAUAUUCGAGCUCAAGGAGGCACCAACAUCAACGCCGCAGUGCUGAAAGGGGUGGAGAUGAUCAACACACACCAACGAAAAGGCUCUGCCUCCAUCCUCAUCCUGCUGACGGAGGGAAAGCCCACGUCAGGUGAAACUAACACAGUGAGGAUUCAGGCCAAUGUGAAAGAGGCCAUCGGGGGGAAGUUUCCUCUGUACUGUCUGGUGUUUGGAUCUGAUGUCAACUAUGCUUUCCUGGAGAAAAUGGCUCUGGAAAACAAUGGACUCGUUCACAGGAUCUAUGAGGACUCACAUGUUGACAUACAGCUACAGGGUUUCUAUGAAGAGGUGGCCACUCCCCUCUUAACGGAUGUUCAGCUGAACUACACUGGAGCAGGAAACCUCACCCAGACCGGAUUCAGUCACUUCUACGACGGCUCAGAGAUCGUGGUAGCUGGACAGGUCACAGACGACAGCCAGGACACUUUCAAAACGGAGGUCACUGCAGUCUCUAAAAAUAAUGAUAAAGUGAAAUACGAGAAUUCCGUGUCGGUGAAAGACCUCGUUGGGGUGCCUGAACAUGGAAACUUCAUAAAGCAACUCUGGGCUUACCUCACGGUGAAAAAACGACUGGACAAAAUAGUGGUAUUUCAGGGAAAGGAGAAAGAAGCAGCCAUGAGGGAAGCCCUGGAUCUUUCUCUUAAAUAUGGAUUUGUGACUCCACUGACGUCCAUGGUGGUCACCAGCCCUCAGGACAAAGUCAUAAGGGUCACCCACAAACAGCCACACAGUUCUGGAAUCCCUCUUCCUUUUCAAGGAUUCAGGCGUCCGGCUAUUGCUCAUAUUCUAGACAUCAGCUCUGUGGCUUUUGCUCCACUUCCAGAACUCAGCUCUCCGGGUCCACAAGGAUCCAGCUCUUUGAAUAUACACGGACCUCCUCGGCACACUUUCGAAGACAUCAUCAUCGUUAGAGUGAUACCUUUCCCUCCAGGGCAGUCUGCCAAGUUUUUGGUCACUUCUACUGGUCAGCCUAAGCCACUCUGCUAUGAGAUAUCUUUAUCUACCAAACUCCGCCUUCUGAUGGACCGCUCCUCAGAAUUCUCUAUGAAUGGUGAACUCUCACAGUAUGGAGGGAAAGGCUUUAAGGAAAUUGCUCUUCAUUACAAAACGGAUCAUCUCCUGACCCUCAACACCAGCGAGAUCCGCUACUCUGACGGUCAGAAUCCUGUGAAGUUCGUUUGGGGGCAGCAGCCCACCAAGUACGAGAGAGACAGUGUGUCUUUGAUUCUGGAGAAUGAUGAAUUGAACGUCACCAUGGGAACCGUGCGUGUUGUUCUCCUUCUUCAUAAGGAAGACGGAGAUGUGUUUCUGUGGCCCGCUGUUCGCCACCUACCAAAAAACGUUACCUUGCAGGGCAUUCUGGGGAAAACUGAUGUUCAGUAUGAACAGUUAACAGAAUCACAGAUCAAAAUCAAGGAUCAGCCGCUCCGAGCAGAAGUCCUCAGGAGCAAUGCCACCGACUACGGACGUACUUCAGCCCCAAGUGUGGACUGCUGGCUUGUACCCCUGCCAUUUGUCCUGCAGGGGAAACUCUCUGACUUCACUGUGUCUCAGCUUUAAAGCUCUCAGCUAAAGUUUCAUAGCUAUCUUCUAAACAGUUUGGAUGAAAAUGUGGAAGAAAAUAAAAACGCUUUUAAUGCCGGCUGUGGUUCUGAAGGCUUACUGUAGGGAUGCUCUGCCUGUGGUCAGUAAUGUAACAGUUAGAGGGCUGAAGAUUUCAGAGGAAAUUCUGUGGGAAUUGUUUAAGAUGUUCUUGAGGUGUAAAAAGUGUUAAGACUUUGCUGAAAGAAUAAAAAAUGACUUAAUCUCAA